AUGAGUCUUUUCAGAUCAUUCUCCCGGACAAUACGUCAUCAUGCCCCCAGCCCUCGGUAUUCCUCAACUCAAGUCUCGUCAACCAAGACAAAAGGCCCCCUCUUCGGCGUCACAGUAGUCAGUCUGGAACAAGCCAUCGCCGCGCCUUUCUGCACCAGACAACUCGCCGACCUAGGCGCCCGGGUGAUCAAAGUCGAAAGACCCGGCGUUGGCGACUUUGCACGUAACUAUGACACCCGCGUCAACGGCCUCGCUUCCCACUUCGUCUGGACCAACCGGUCUAAAGAAAGCCUUGCGCUUGAUCUGAAGAAUCCUCGCGAUCACCGCAUCCUCAUGUGUCUGCUGAGUCGCGCUGAUGUUCUUGUCCAGAAUCUCGCUCCCGGUGCUAGUGCACGACUCGGUCUAUCGCAUGACGCUCUGAAGACCGAUUAUCCCUCGCUGAUCGUCUGCAAUAUCUCCGGAUAUGGACCCGACGGGCCCUAUCGGGACAAGAAAGCCUAUGAUCUCCUUAUACAGAGCGAGGCCGGCAUGCUCUCCGUCACAGGGACCGGUACCGAGCCUGCCAAAGUCGGUAUCUCGAUCGCAGACAUCGCAGCCGGUAGCUAUGCCUACUCCAACAUCCUCGCUGCCUUGAUCCAGCGUGACAAAGACCCCAACCGAGCCGGUUCAAACAUCGACGUGUCCAUGCUCGAAAGCAUGGUCGAGUGGAUGGGUUUCCCGAUGUACUACACAUACAACAAUGCCGCUGGCCCGACGCCCGCCGGAGCCUCUCACGCCGCGAUUUAUCCCUACGGUCCGUUUGAGGCAGAAGGCGGGACGAAAACCGUUAUGCUCGGUAUCCAGAAUGAGCGCGAAUGGGCCAAGUUCUGCGAUAAGGUCCUCGGUCAGCCGGCGUUGGCUACGGACGAGCGAUUUGCGAAUAAUUCGCUACGAGUCAAGAACCGAGAUGCGUUGAAGACGAUCAUCUGUGAUGUGUUCAAGACGCGGUCGGCGGAGGAAGUACUUCGGUUUCUGGAUGCGGCGGCCAUUGCGAAUGCUAGUGUUAAUGAUAUGCAGGGUGUUUGGGAUCAUCCGCAACUUAGGGCUCGGGGUCGCUGGACGGAGGUAGAGACUCCUGCUGGUUCUGUGCCUGCGUUGCUGCCGCCGGGGAUGCAGAAGGAGGGAGGUGGUUUUGAUGCGAGGAUGGAUGCUGUGCCUGAUGUUGGGGAGCAUAAUGACGCGAUAUUGGCGGAGCUUGGGAUUGAGGAUUUUCAAUAG